GCUCGUCUGUCGGCUGCUUUCGUCUUUCCGCUUCUCACAUGUUUUCUGUUUGGUAAUACAAAACAUGGCAGCGCCAUCGAGUGAUUUACAGAUCGUAGCUGCCAAAAAACCAACAGUCCGAGGGCCACGGCGUGUAGCCAAUCAGAUUCCAGAUGAAAUCCUCAAUGACCUUGAGCUACAGGAGGCGAUCAAAGCUUUACCUGCAAAUUACAACUUUGAGAUCCACAAGACCGUUUGGCGAGUGAGACAAGCAAAAGCUACAAGAGUGGCCUUGCAGCUUCCAGAGGGCCUGCAGAUGUUUGCCUGUGUCAUCGCAGAUAUCAUAGAGAGGUUCACAGAGGCAGACACCAUUGUGAUGGGGGACGUGACAUAUGGGGCCUGCUGUGUCGACGACUUCACCGCCCGAGCCCUGGGAGCUGAUUUCAUGGUGCACUAUGGUCACAGCUGUCUCAUCCCCAUAGACUCCACUGCAGGAAUUAAGAUGCUGUAUGUGUUUGUGGAUAUCCAGAUGGACAAUGCACACUUCCUGGACACGGUCAAGUUCAACUUCCCUCCUGGACAGUCUCUGGCUCUUGUCAGCACUAUUCAGUUUGUGGCUGCACUGCAGGCUGUGAGUGCAGCUCUGAAGCCAGAGUAUGACGUGCUGGUUCCCCAGUGUCGACCUCUGUCACCAGGAGAAAUUUUGGGCUGUACCUCCCCUCGCUUGGACCGCCAUGUCAACGCUAUCAUAUAUCUGGGAGAUGGAAGAUUUCACCUAGAGUCGAUCAUGAUUGCAAACCCAGAAAUACCUGCAUACAGAUAUGACCCCUACAGUAAGGUCUUCUCUAGGGAAUACUAUGACCAUGAUGCCAUGCGAGCGCUAAGACUCCAGGCUAUUGACAAGGCUCGUUCAGCACAGAGAUGGGGCCUGAUCUUGGGCACGCUGGGCCGACAGGGCAGCCCCAAAGUCCUAGAGCACCUGGAAUCAAAGCUUCAAUCACUGGGCAGGACUUUCAGCCGAGUGCUCCUGUCUGAGAUUUUCCCUAGCAAGUUGGAUCUGAUGUCAGAUGUAGAUGCGUGGGUGCAGAUCGCUUGCCCACGGCUGUCUAUUGACUGGGGAUCAGCCUUCUCCAAACCCUUGCUGUCUCCCUAUGAGGCAGCUGUGGCUUUACAGGACGCUAGUUGGAAAGAAGUCUACCCCAUGGACUUUUAUUCCAAUCAGAGCCUGGGGCCGUGGACGCCAAACCACCCUGACAACCAGCCAGUGCGGCCUGCACGUCGACAGACCCAGAAACAAGGCUCGGAGCCAACCUCAGCCAAGCAAUGUAUGCAGUCCAAGUGCACCCCCUGUGGCUGUCAAGGAGAAUGACACCUCCAUAACCAGGGCUCCCUUUAACUUGCGUCGUGACAUUUCCUACACCACGACCAACAGCUAGAAGGAGGUCAGACCAAAAGAAAACGGAUAUUUGUCCAGACAGAUUCUCAGCAAGCAGAGCUAAAAACCAGAGGAUCCCUCAGUCACUGCUGACAUGGAUCAGCAACUAUUAAUAAUCCCAGUUUUACAGUACAUCCAAAUUCAUUGGUCUUGUUCACAUUUUGUGCGUGUAUCCCAAGAUCAAAACACAUGGACUGCUGAGAAUCGCUUGUGUAUUCAAGCUCAUGAAUGUUCAUGUGAAUCCAAUUCCCAUGAAGGAGGCUGCUUGCUGUGAUCAGAAAGGAAUUCUUCCUGCACAGUGAAAUGUGUGGGCCUCUCUGAAGCGCAGAUACAGCAUUUGUAAUUGUCAGAGAGAGAAGAUGACCUUGAGCAUGUUGUAUGGAGUAUAGGUGUCUGCUGAUGUGGGUGGCUGUGGUCAAAUGCAAGUUUCCCAUCACGCAAUGUUUCACAGACAGUCACGUAUAAUAUUUAAUGCACUUUAUGACACAGAAAGUACAUCAUGUUCACAAGACUCUUCUUAAGACAGUAAAACUGCAAUCAACCUUGUAUAUCUUUUUCACAUUUCUCAUCCAAUUGUGAAAUAAAAAAUGGAAAUAUGAAACCUU